AUGAACCCACCGGAGUUCUUCUCCAGCGGCGGCGGAGGAGACGGCAGCCGUCCCUCGCCCAGGAGGGAGCUUCAGGGUCCACGCCCCGCGGCACUCAAGGUUAACAAAGACUCGUACAAGAUCCGGAAACCGCCUAUUGCGCGGCCGCCCCACCCGCAGCCUCCGCCACCGGGGGAUCCGCCGCAGACAUCCGCGGAUGAUCGCCAGCCGGUGAUAAUCUACGCCGUCUCGCCCAAAGUCAUCCACACCACCGUCAGUGACUUCAUGGGCCUGGUGCAGCGCCUCACCGGCAACGGCGGGUCCGAAGGCGGGAACCUCUCUCCCGCGGCCAGGCUGGCGUCGAUCGAGAGAACCAGCCCCGCUAAGGAGAGGGAAAUCGUCGCCGGAGAGAGAAGCCAUGGCGAUUUGGUCGGAGAUCUGCUGCAGGACAGCGUGGUGGAGUUAGGUAGGGUUCCGGGAAUAUUGUCUCCGGCUCCGGCGAGCCUGCCGCCAGUAUCUGCCGGAUUGUUCUCGCCGACUGCAGUGGACCCGUUUAUGAGUGGGUACAACAUGUUCAUCCCGAGCCCGUCGACCUUGUUUUCGGUUCCCAUGGCGUCGCCGUCGCCCUCGUCGUUAGAUCUAUUCAACCCCUUCUUUGACUUUUAG